UUGUAUGAAAUUCCACCUGCAUCAUACUCUCAUUCUGAACUUCACUCGGGAAACCACAUGAACUAAAUUCCAACUUCCUCACCCCUACCCCCACCCCUACCCUACCCUCUUCAUCCCUCCCCCCCCCCACCCCCCUUUUCUCUCUGCAAUAACUACUGUUCUGCUUCCUUACUGGUACUUAUUAUCAACAGAAGUAUUCCAUUAUUCCGAUAUCUCAGUUUCCUUUUCCUCUCUCUCUCUUUCUACAUGCAAAGAAGCCUUUUUGCUCAUUUCUUGUUCUUUUUGCUCAUUUCUUGAAGUUAUGGAAGAAACUGAAGAGUCAAAUAAUAGAAGCAAGAAAUGCAACUCUAAACCAACAAGUGUGAAAGGGUGUGUUAAUUAUAAUAAUAAUAAUAAUGCUCAUAAUAAUAGUAAUCGGUAUAUUGCUUUUGGUUUUCGUAGUAAUCAGAAUCAAUACCAAACAUACCCAGCUCUACUUCCUCUGCCUCCUGCAAUUCCUAUGCAAGUGGCUGUUGCUCCACCUUUCCCUCAAAAUCACAACUUUACAUCAACAACCCUUUUGCAGAAUCAGCCAUUUCUUGCCACCCCUUCUGAUUCCAAACUCCGAUACUUUACAGCCUCAAAAGUGCUGCAAAGGCAAAAUGAUGUGUCCAAACAGAAGGAUUUAUUGAGGGUCAAGACUGCUACCACUCCAGAAUCUUUUGUGGUGGCAAGAAGACCUGAUUCUGGUGGUGUAGAAGGACAAGUAAUCUCUCUUCUUGCUAAUCAUUUCCUUGUCAAAUUUGAUCCUUUACAGAAGAUUUUCCACUAUGAUGUUGAAAUUUCACCUCAUCCAUCUAAGGAAGUUGCUAGGUUAAUCAAACAAAAACUUGUAGAGGAACAUUCUCUUGUGUUAUCAGGUGCUCUUCCUGUUUUUGAUGGUGGAAGAACUAUAUAUAGCCCUAUUGAAUUUCAAAAUAAUAAGAUUGAAUGUUACAUUAGCCUACCAAUUCCUAGUAGUGGCAACAAGUUGCAGAUAGAGGGACAGCAGAUUAAGCUUUUCCGCGUUAACAUUAAACUAAUAUCUAAAUUUGAUGGGAAAGAACUAAGUAGCUUCUUGAAUAAAGAAGGGGAUGGUUGGAGUCCACUUCCUCAGGAAUAUCUUCAUGCAUUAGAUGUUGUGUUGCGCGAAAGUCCGACGGACAAGUGUAUAACAGCGGGGAGAUCCUUUUACUCGAGUUGUAUGGGAGGAGAAAAAGAUAUUGGUGGCGGAGCGGUGGCGCUAAGGGGGUUCUUUCAGAGUCUUAGACCAACUCAACAAGGGCUUGCUCUCAAUGUUGAUUUCUCAGUGACUGCUUUCCAUGAGAGUAUUGGAGUGAUCCCUUACUUGGAAAAGCGCCUCGACUUUCUCCGCGGCAUUUCUCAGAGGAAAACGAGAGGCUUGACGAAUGAAGAGAAGAAAGAGGUAGAGAAGGCAUUAAAGAAUAUAAGGGUGUUUGUUUGUCACAGAGAGACGGUUCAGAGAUAUCGUAUUUGCAGCUUAACUGAGGAAGUCACGGAGAACCUCUGCUUUCAGGAUAGGGAUGGAAAAAUUCUAAGAAUAGUAAACUACUUCAAGGAUCAUUAUAACUAUGACAUACAAUAUAGGAACUUGCCGUGCUUGCAGAUUAGCAGAAGUAAACCUUGUUAUCUUCCUAUGGAACUUUGUAUGAUUUGUGAAGGACAAAAGUUUCUUGGGAAGCUUUCUGAUGAUCAGACUGCAAGAAUACUCAAAAUGGGAUGUCAAAGGCCAAGGGAAAGAAAGGCGAUUAUAGAUGGAAUCGUGACAGGAUCGGUUGGACCAACAAGUGGAAAUCACGCUAGGGACUUCAAACUCCAAAUCUCAAGAGAAAUGACUCCAUUGUAUGGGAGAAUUCUUCAGCCUCCUAAGCUUAAACUAGGGGACCGCGGUCUGGUUAGAGAUCUUAUUCCUUCCCGUCAUGAUAGACAGUGGAAUCUUUUGGACAGCCAUGUAUUCGAAGGUACUCGAAUUGAGAGAUGGGCGCUAAUGAGUUUUGGUGGGACCUCUGAUCAGAAGUCCAACAUACCAAAAUUCAUAAACCAGUUAUGUCAAAGGUGUGAGCAAUUGGGAAUUUUCCUUAACAAGAAUACAGUACUUAACCCCCAGUUUGAACCCAUGAAUUUGCUCAACAAUGUAAAACACCUAGAAACCAAACUCAAGAAGCUACAAAGAGCUUCAUUUAGCAAUCUCCAACUUGUUAUUUGUGUGAUGGAGAAAAAACACAAAGGAUAUGCCGACUUGAAAAGAAUCGCUGAGACAAACAUCGGGGUUGUAACCCAAUGCUGUUUGUACCCAAACCUUGGCAAACAUAGCUCACAGUUUUUGGCAAAUUUGGCUCUCAAGAUCAAUGCCAAAGUUGGGGGAUGCACAGUUGCAUUGUACAAUUCAUUGCCUUCUCAAAUACCACGGCUCUUCAAACACGAUGGUCCGGUUAUUUUUAUGGGUGCGGACGUCACUCAUCCACACCCACUUGAUGAUUCUAGCCCCUCGGUUGCUGCUAUAGUUGGUAAUGUGAAUUGGCCAGCAGCCAACAAGUAUGUCUCCAGAAUGAGGUCCCAAACACAUAGGCAGGAGAUCAUUCAAGAUCUCAGCACAAUGAUCGGGGAAAUUCUUGAUGAUUUCUACGAGGAGCUUCUAAAACUCCCCGAGCGAAUAAUCUUCUUCAGGGAUGGAGUAAGUGAAACUCAGUUCUUGAAAGUACUUAAAGAAGAGCUACAAGCAAUUCGUGUAGCAUGUUCGAGAUUUCCAGGUUACAAACCUCCCAUUACUUUCGUGGUCGUUCAGAAAAGGCAUCAUACUCGGCUAUUUCCAUGUGAACUUGAUCCGUCGUCAACUAGAAACCAGUUCUUUAAUGAAAACAUCCCACCAGGUACAGUUGUCGAUAGUGUGAUCACACAUCCAAGAGAAUUUGACUUCUAUCUCUGCAGUCAUUGGGGUGUAAAAGGAACAAGCAGGCCAAUUCAUUACCAUGUUUUAUGGGAUGAAAACCAGUUCACUUCUGAUGAACUACAAAAGUUGGUUUACAACCUUUGCUACACAUUUGUGAGAUGCACCAAGCCUAUUUCACUGGUGCCUCCAGCUUACUAUGCCCAUCUUGCUGCAUACAGAGGCAGACUAUAUCUCGAGCGUUCGGACUCGGCUACUCUAACAAGAAGUUCUAACAUCUCUCGACCUGCACCACCAAAGACAACUCCUUUACCUAAACUCACUGAGAACAUUAAAAAGCUUAUGUUUUACUGCUGAACUUAUGGCAACUGCACAUAGUUCUUUCUAGCUAAUCUUCUUUAUUGACAGUUUAGUUGUUUGAUCUAAUGUAGUUUUUAUACAGUAGCUCUUUCUAGCUAGAUGACUGUUUAUUAAUUUUGAUCUCAUGUUAAUUUUUAUGCUGGCUAAAUAAUUGAAUCUUCCCAUG